CUACUCAGCAUCAUGGCUGCCCUCACACCCCUUGUGAAACCCAAAAUUGUCAAAAAGAGGACGGAGCAGUUCAUCUGGCACCAGUCAGACCAAUAUGUCAAAAUUAAGCAUAACUGGCAGAAACCCAGUGGAAAUAGAGUGUGCAGAAGAUUCAAGGGCCAGCUAUGGAUGUCCAAGACUGGUUAUGGGAACAACAAGAAAACAAAGCACAUACCGCCCAGUGGCUUUUGGAAGUUCCUGAUCAACGAUGUCAGGGAACUUGACAUGCUGCUGAUGUACAACACAUCUUACUGUGCUGAGAUUGUUCACAGUGUCUCCUCAAAGAUCCACAAUGCCAUAGUGGAAAAAGCAACCCAGCUGGCCAUCAGAUUCACUAAUCCGAAUGCCAGGCUGCACCGAGAAAAAAAGAAAUAG